AGGUCUGCUUGCAUUUUUGGGAAAUGUGUAUUCAAGACACUAUGGCGAAUAACUUCAGUUUUUAUAUUUUGUGAUGGUGAGGAUUUACUGUGAAAAGGAGGUUCGAUGGAACAAAGGACAAUGAGGAUUCGAGGCAAUUUGAGGUGGCAAGUGUUAUGGAUUUAUCAAUUUGUUCUCCUGUGGAAUACAAUAGAGGCGCAGAUUCCAUACACUAUACCUGAGGAGUUAAAGGAAGGUUCUGUUGUUGGAAAUAUAGCCAAGGACCUGGGUUUGGGAAUAUCUGAGAUUUAUGACCGUAAACUGAGGAUAGCUUCUGACGCUGGUAAGCAGUAUUUCAGUGUGGAUUUGGGAAAGGGUGAGCUGGUUGUCAAUAAAAGGAUAGACAGAGAAUAUUUAUGUGGAGAGAACGUCCCUUGUUUGUUACCGCUGGAGGUUAUAGUUGAAAAUCCCUUACAGCUGCACCGCAUUGAAAUCGAAAUACAGGAUAUAAAUGAUAAUUCUCCAGGUUUUCUUACAAAUGAACGCAUUUUGAAUAUAGCUGAGGUGAUUAAUCCAGGUGCAAAAUUCCCAUUGGAAAGUGCACAUGAUCCUGACGUAGGCGCAAACUCAUUACGGUCCUAUAGUAUCAGUGAUAAUUACCAUUUCCUGUUGAACAUAAAGACUCAGGGAGGCCAAAAAAUACCCGAACUUGUGCUGAAAACUUCACUGGACAGAGAGAAGCAGGCCGUUCACAAGCUCGUGCUCACCGCGGUAGACGGGGGGACUCCUGCACGAUCUGGUACUUCUGAAAUCACCGUCAUAGUUCUUGAUGUUAAUGAUAAUGAGCCCCAGUUUGAGAGACCUUUUUAUGAAAUAGCUGUAGCUGAGAAUAGACCCGUUGGCAAUCAGAUUGUAAAUGUAAAAGCUUCCGAUUCUGACGAAGGACAAAAUGGAGAGAUCGAGUAUUUCUUUGCAGACCAGACCCCAGAGAGUAUAAUGGCAUUACUUAAUGUUGACUCAAAUACUGGCGAAAUUACUAUCAAAGGACAUCUUGAUUAUGAACAGACGAAUUUGCAUACGUUUGAUAUUGUGGCAAAAGAUAAAGGCAGUCCACGGAUGGAGGGGCACUGUAGUGUAAAGAUCAAUAUUGCUGAUGUUAAUGAUAAUGCCCCUCAAAUUAUAAUAACCUCACUGACCAGUCCAAUACCGGAGAAUUCCGCCCCUGGGAUGGUUAUUGCAUUGAUUAGCGCUAAAGACUUAGACGUUGGUGAGAAUGGCAAAGUAACGUUAAACAUGUCCCGGGGUUCCCCGUUCACUCUGAAGCCCUCUGUUUCCAACCAUUACGCACUGGUGACCAACGGCCCGUUAGACCGAGAGACGUUCUCGAAGUAUGAUGUUGUCAUUAUCGCGGUUGAUUCAGGGUCCCCACCUUUAUCUACAAAGAAAACCGUUACCGUGAAAAUCCUAGAUGUCAAUGACAAUCCUCCAGUGUUUUCCCAGACAUCGUAUACUGUUUAUGUCAAAGAAAAUGGAACCCCGGGAUCUAUACUGAGCUCAGUGUCCGCCUCUGAUAUAGACAUGGGUGAGAAUGCAAAGAUCUCCUAUUCUAUAUUAGACUCUAAAGUACAAGACGUGUCUGUCUCGUCCUAUAUUUACAUAAACUCAGAUAACGGCAGCAUCUACAGCAUGCACUCGUUUGACUAUGAGAAACUGAAGGUGUUUCAGAUACAGGUCCAGGCAAAGGACCACGGCUCUCCGUCUCUGAGCAGCAACGUCACGGUUCAUGUUUUUAUCCUGGACCAGAACGACAAUGCACCCGCUGUUAUUUACCCAUCCGCUGUCAUGGGCUCGGUCUCCCAUCAGAAGAUGCCCCGGUCCGCUAAAGCAGGCCACCUCACCACCAAGAUAUCGGCAGUGGACGCAGACUCGGGCCAUAACGCCUGGAUUUCCUAUAGGCUGGUGGAGGCCACAGACUCGUCUCUGUUCAGUGUGAAUCUUUACACAGGGGAGGUGAGGACUAAACGCGCUGUUUCAGAGCAGGAUGACUCCUCUCAGAGGCUGCUUAUAGAGAUACAGGACAAUGGGGAACCGGUCCAGUCCGCCACAGUCACAGUCAACAUACUGUUAGAGGACGGGCUCCACGAGCCCAUCUCGGACUUCCGCCAGAAAACAGCAGAGCCCAGCAAGAGAAACAGUAAAAUCACCUUUUAUUUGAUCAUCUCUCUGGCCUCUGUGUCCGUUUUGUCUUUGUUGACUUUUCUCAUCUUAGUGGUGAAGUGCGUUAGAAACAGUAGGAGCAGCUCGAGUUGCUGUAUCAGACGGGCUGACUCUGACGGAUACAAGAAUCCAAACAGAAACCUGCAGCUCCAGCUCAACACUGACGGCCCUAUUAAGUAUGUGGAGGUCCUGGGAGGGGACAUGUUGUCUCAGAGCCAGUCCUUCAGGUCGUGUCUCUCUCCAGUGUCCGAGUUCAGUGAUUUCACCCUCGUUAAGCCCAGCAGCACCACAGACUUCAAGGACAUGAUAAACGUGCUUGAUGCAUCUUUACCGGACAGCGCGUGGACGUUCGAGAGCCAACAGGUGAGCGCAGCUACUUUAUAA